AUCGAGUGAAUUGAUUGAACUGUGGUACGGACGUUAGAUAGCAUUCUCUCCUCUCCACUCAGGGACCCGCAUCAUCACACCAUCCUCGAAAUUUCCCUCCUCUCUUCUUCUUCCUCCUCCUCCUCUAAUCCAAAAACCAUUCCAUUUAUAUAACACAACAACAAACUCCAUUAAUCUGACAAAUUGUAUUAUUAUUAACACAAAAAAAUAACUAAUCAUGAGUGUCAAGGUACCCGCGGCGAGAACACGUGUAGGAAAGUACGAGUUAGGCAAGACCAUUGGUGAAGGGAGCUUCGCCAAGGUCAAGGUCGCUAAAAAUGUUCAGACCGGUGAUGUUGUUGCCAUUAAAAUUCUCGACCGUGAUCAAGUCCUCCGUCACAAGAUGGUCGAACAGUUAAAAAGAGAAAUAUCAACAAUGAAGCUGAUUAAACAUCCAAAUGUCAUCAAAAUCUUUGAGGUCAUGGCAAGUAAAACUAAGAUUUACAUUGUCAUUGAGUUUGUUGACGGAGGAGAGCUCUUUGACAAAAUUGCUAAGCACGGGAGACUUAAAGAGGACGAAGCCAGGAGAUAUUUCCAGCAGCUUAUUAAAGCCGUGGAUUACUGCCAUAGUAGAGGCGUUUUCCAUAGAGAUUUGAAGCCCGAGAACCUUCUUCUUGAUUCACGCGGUGUUCUUAAAGUUUCGGAUUUUGGAUUGAGUGCGCUGUCACAACAAUUGCGGGGUGAUGGGCUUCUUCACACUGCCUGUGGAACACCAAAUUAUGUCGCACCUGAGGUUCUCCGAGACCAAGGUUAUGAUGGAACAGCAUCCGAUGUAUGGUCUUGUGGGGUCAUUCUCUAUGUUCUUAUGGCUGGAUUCUUACCUUUUUCCGAGUCAAGUCUUGUGGUUUUGUACAGAAAAAUCUGCAGAGCUGAUUUCACAUUUCCAUCGUGGUUUUCAUCUGGUGCAAAGAAACUGAUAAAGCGCAUUCUUGACCCAAAACCUCUUACAAGGAUAACAGUUUCUGAAAUUUUAGAAGAUGAAUGGUUCAAGAAAGGAUACAAGCCACCGCAAUUCGAGCAGGAAGAGGAUGUAAAUAUAGAUGAUGUUGAUGCUGUUUUUAAUGACUCAAAGGAACAUCUUGUGACAGAAAGGAAGGUGAAACCAGUGUCAAUGAAUGCUUUCGAGCUUAUUUCUAAAACACAGGGAUUUAGCCUUGAUAAUUUGUUCGGGAAGCAGGCAGGUGUUGUAAAACGAGAAACCCAUAUUGCUUCGCAUAGCCCAGCAAAUGAAAUCAUGUCUAGAAUUGAGGAAGCUGCAAAGCCUCUGGGCUUUAAUGUCGAUAAACGAAACUACAAGAUGAAGUUGAAAGGUGACAAAAGUGGGAGGAAGGGCCAACUCUCCGUAGCUACUGAGGUGUUUGAGGUAGCUCCCUCUUUGCACAUGGUGGAGCUGCGGAAAAUUGGUGGCGAUACGCUUGAGUUUCACAAGUUCUACAAGAGCUUCUCGUCAGGUUUAAAGGAUGUAGUCUGGAAAUCUGAUCAAACUAUAGAAGGAUUAAGAACUUUUCCUACUGGGUCCAUUCCUUUAUUCUUGAUAUUUGUUUUAGAUCAUUGCACAUCAAAUUUGAGAGUAUAUAUGUGCAAUGUGAAAGCUUUGAACGGUUGGCGUGGUGGUUUCAACUAAUAUGUGGUACAAUGGAAGAAAUUGAAUUAGAUUGUGUUUGUUAUGUUGGGAGAGAAUGCCUUUACUUGUAAUCUAAGACAGUUUAAUUUUAUAUUUAGAUACAUUUUAAAAAUA